AGAUUUUUUGCAAAGAGGUGGCGCUGUCCCCGCGGCGCCGCGGCGGCCCCCCGGGCGGGACGGGCCGGACAUGGCCCCGAGAGGCCGCCCCGAAACCGCCGCCAUGCCCAAACGGGGCGCCAGGAAGCGCCUCAAGUUCCGUGCCGACGAUGUGUGCUCCGAACGGGUGACGGUGGCAGAUUAUGCCAACUCAGACCCGGCUGUUGUGAAAUCUGGACGGGUGAAGAAAGCUGUGGCCAAUGCAGUGCAGCAGGAAGUAAAAUCCCUCUGUGGUUUGGAAGCUUCUUGCGUUCCUUCUGAAGAAGUUCUCUCCGUGUCAGGAGAAUCUUGUGACAGCAGUGAUGAAAUGGAUACAAAGGAAAGUAUCGGUGGGCGAACUGCAUCUAGAAAAAAGAAGAGCAAAAGACACAAAGAAAAUCCUGAUGGUGAUGGUGGAGAAGAAUACCCCAUUGAUAUCUGGUUGCUGUUGGCUUCCUACAUUCGCCCUGAAGACAUUGUCAGGUUCUCUUUGAUUUGCAAGAAAGCCUGGACUGUUACUUGCACUGCUGCCUUCUGGACCAGACUGUAUAGAAGGCACUACAGUUUGGAUGCAUACCUGCCCCUCCGAUUGCGGCCCGAGUCCAUGGAGAAGCUGCACUGUCUCCGUGCGUGCGUCAUCCGGUCGCUGUACCACAUGUAUGAGCCUUUUGCAUCUCGAGUCUCCAGGAACCCAGCUAUUCCAGACAGUACACCCAGCACUUUAAAAAAUUCCAGAUGUCUGCUUUUCUGGUGCAAAAAGAUCGAAGGGAACAGACAAGAAGCAAUGUGGGAAUUCAACUUCAAGUUCAAAAAGCAGUCUCCCAGAUUUAAGAGCAAAUGUUCCAAAAGUCUUCAGCCACCUAUUCAGUAUGAAGAAGUCCACACGAACCCCGACCAGGAUUGCUGUCUGCUGCAGAUCACCACCUUUAACUUCAUAUUUGUGCCAAUAGUCAUGGGCAUGACGUUCACCUUGUUCACCAUCAAUGUGAGCACAGAUAUGAGGCAUCAUCGCGUGCGUCUGGUCUUCCAGGACGCCCCUGUUCACAAUGGCAAGAAGCCACGCCUUGACCAAGGAGUGCAGGUGGUGCUGGACCCUGUGCAUAGCGUCCGGCUGCUGGAUUGGUGGCACCCUCAAUAUCCCUUCUCCCCAAAAGCUUAGAACUCCCUGCGCCCACAGCAGUGACCCGUCUGACAGGCUGAAGGAAAGACCCAGGAACCAAGAAAUCCUAUUUUUUUUUUUCUUCAAUAAACCCAACAGCCUCCUUGAGAGAGUGAUUGAAGCUA